AUGGUCUGUAUAAAACAAUUAAUGCCUAAAACUCUAAAGCAUUACAUAAGGUGUUUUUUUACAUUUCCAGCAUCGUUCUAUGGAGACAGUCUGGUGCACCUCCCACUUCAAACAGCCAGCAGUAACACAAGGGUCCAGCUACAGUUCAAGACAGCGCGUGCCAACACCCUACUGCUCCUAGCUGCGGGAAAUACAGACUACCUCGUUGUUGAGCUAAAACAAAGUAUCGUACAAGUCCGUGUAGAACUUGGCUCUGGAGAGGCCAUUAUGACAUCACCUCCUGGUUUAAAACUUAAUGAUUUACGUUGGCAUUUUGUGGAAAUACAAGUUGAUAGUGGUAUUGCAGCACUUGUUGUUGAUAGAAUUUUCCGGAAUGCAGUUCGAACUCCAGGACGUUUGCGUGAGUUGAAUAUUCAGCAGGGACUAUUUCUUGGAGGUUUGGGGACAUUUAGUGAUACAUUCCUCGGAAAUUUCCCAAGUUUUCGAGGUUGUUUACGAUAUGUGCUAUAUAAUGCAAAGGAUGUAUUCUAUGAAGCAACCAAAGUUGGACACCCUUUAAAUACAUAUGGCGUCACAUGGGAUUGUGCUCCAGAAUUUUCUGCAACUUCUGGACAACCAAUCAGUUUCAUGGAUGCAUCAUCAUACAUAGCAUUUAACAACUUCAAUGUUAAAACCCAAGGAACUUUAACAUUUGAUAUUAAAACUCGAAGUGAAGUUGGUGUGGUUGUGUAUAACUCAGGUAGACAAACAAAGCAAGAUUUUCUAGCAUUAGAAAUCAUCAAUGGGAAACUUCAGCUAAGUAUGAACAAAGGGACUAGGCUAUCAACUAUUGAAUCCAUGAAAAUAAUCAAUGAUGCAAAAUGGCACUCUGUUGCUAUAACAAUAACCCCUGAUGCAGCCAAACUCACAAUAGAUGGUGUUAUCCAAAUUCAGGAUACAGACGUUGAUGAAAUGUUGGAACUGAUGGGACAGUUAUACAUCGGAGGGGUGGGGUUAAAAUCUCGGGUUCAUGCUCGUAAGAAAGGCUUAAUCUCCCUCAACCAGUCAGGCAUAGGAGCAGGCUCAAUGGAAGGCUGCAUCAAAAAUGUUAUUAUGAAUAACCGUGUGAUCGGAUUCAGAGAGGCUCAGAUCUCCCAUCAUGUCCAGCCUAACUGCAAGUGGGAGUACCCCUGUGUGAAAAACCCAUGUGGGGGUGGGGAGAACAUUCAGUGUGUGGAGGAGGGCAAGGUCGGGUAUAGUUGCAUUACAAUGCCCCCUGUUGACCCUUUUUCUAGUUCUGAGUCACCUUCUAAUCCCAAACGUAUAGAGUUUCUGGAGAUUCACCCUUUGACACUGAAGGAAGGGGAACAUGGUGCUAUAACUUCCAGUAAUAUUGAUGUGACGCUUGAUCUUGAAAGAUAUCGACUGAGGAAAUCAGCUGUUAUCUUCAGCAUUGUGAAUUUACCAAAAUUCGGAACAAUAAAUGUGGACAUCAGUCAACGGCCUAGCAACCUGAUGUUUACCCUAUUGGAUCUUAACAACCAGAAGGUCUCAUAUGAACAUGAUGGCUCAGAGAAUGCCCUUGAUAGUAUUGACUUUGAAGUUGAGAUUUAUGACCAAAAUGAAGUUCUCCCAGCUUCCCUAAAACACAAGUACAGGUUUACAUUAAUGGUGAAAAUCUCCACCAUAAAUGACCCCCCAGAUAUCUACCUGUUGCCCAAUAAUACUUUAACAAUGGUCCAAGACACUAAAGCUGUAAUCACCAAUAAGACCCUUCAUGCUACUGACCCCGAUACAGAACCAAGUAAUCUCUUAUUCACAGUCAUCUAUGUCGAUUCAACAACUGGGGGACACUUUGAGAAACAAGGGGCGGUAGGGACGUUGACGCAAUUCACCCAAGAUGACAUAAACAGAGGGAGAAUCUCAUUUGUUCAUACUGCGGGGAUUAUGCAAUAUGUAGAAAUUUAUGUCAGCGAUGGUACAGCUGAAAGUGAGACUGUUCGAUUAAAAAUCAUGACUGAGAAUUUAUCAUUAAAUGUUGUCCGCAACACAGGAUUGAUUCUUGCACAGGGUACAUCAGCUCCAAUAUAUCGUGAAAAUUUAACGGCUCUGACUAGUUCUCCAAUUAAAGAUGCGGAAAUUCGCUAUCAUUUGACAAGUCUUCCUCAGUAUGGUGUUGUUCAGAGGUUACGUUACACAGACAACAGGUGGAUGAGAGUUGAGACAUUCUCACAAAGACAUAUAGACAGACAUCGCAUAAGGUAUUUGAACAGUGAUCCUUCCCGUACACAAAGAGACAUCUUCAGUUUUACUGUCAAAUGUAUGGAGGCUGAAACCUCUGAACAAGACUUUGUUAUACGCUUCGUUGAAGUGAAUCUAAUGAUAAUACGUAAUAAUCCACUGCAACUUGAUGGUGUCCAAGAAGGAAGAAUCAAUAGAUCACAUAUGCUAGUACAGACCAGUCUCUCAAGCCAGCGUCCUAGGGAUAUACAAUACAACAUGGUGGAGCUGCCCAAACAAGGUCAUAUAUACAAACUCCCAAAUGUGACAGCUGUUGUAUCCCAAGGAAGGAGGCUUGCUGUGGAUGAAAAUUUCUCCCAAGAGGACAUCAAUUUGGGACUGAUACUUUACAGAUUAUCCAGAGUAGAUUUUCAUCCAAUACAAGACAGCUUUAACGUUCGACUCCUUGCCCCUGGAGCCAACCCCAAAUCCCACACAUUUAGAAUCUUGUAUUACCCAGAGGAUACUGAUACUAUACUCACUAAUAAUGGACUGUAUGAGGUACCAGAAGGGGGAAGCAAACCAAUCACACCAGAGAUGCUGUACAUGGAGAAGGUUGGCACUACAGGUUAUUCAUUCAUUGUGACGUCACCAACCAAGCAUGGAAUAUUACAAUUCAGAGGUCACGACCAGAUAAUAUUAGAGAAUAACAUUACUGAAUUCACUGAUGAUGACAUACGAAUAAGUAAAUUGUACUACAAACAUGACGAUUCAGAAAGUGCAACUGACUCGUUUAGUUUCACAGCGGCUCCCAUGAACUACCCCACUCCAAUGCCAUUAGAGAUGGACAUCAUUGAAACAUCCGGGACAUUUGAUAUCACUAUCAUGCUUCGUAAUGACAACCCUCCAAUCAGACUCGUGGAUAAGGUGUUUAAUGUGGUGAGUGGGCUAGGCAGGGUGAUCACAGUGAAUGAUCUGUCUUAUUACGACCCAGAUACGAACUACAACAGUCAAGAUCUACAGUAUACUAGGCGUGGUAUGUCCAACGGUGAGAUUGUCGAUGCUAGAGAUCCAACAACAAAUGUCUACCAAUUCACACAGAAGGAUAUAGAAGAUGGAAACAUCAUGUUUAAACACCAAGGCUCUAGCUAUGGUAGGGCAGUGAUAAUGAUUACGGAUGGACAGUACUACUCGACUGGAUUGUUUGAAAUCCAAGCUUCUGCGCCAUACAUCAGAGUUGCAAACAACACUGGGUUGUUUGUCCAGAAAGGUAACAUUGUCUCUAUAACACCUGCUAAUAUCAGCAUCGAGACUAACAUCGACUGCGACUACUCAGACAUCCAGUUUACCAUCUCCAGGCAGCCACAACAAGGAAAGGUGCUAAAGAAUAACAAAAACAGGAGAGUGUUCACAAUGAAGGAUAUCAUGGAAGGCAAUGUAGUUUACCAGCACAAUAACAACACUGACCUCCAUGAUGCAUUUGAAUAUGUUGUCAGUAUUGGAGAUACAGAGGCCGAAGGUAGAGUGGCUAUUAGUAUCUACCUAGCCAGUCAUCAGCAUCCCCCAAGGGUUGUACACAAUAAGGUCCUUGUGUUAAAUGAGGGUGAGUCUACUAUUAUAACCAAAGAGACACUUCUCAUAGCCCACCCUGAUUCAGACCCUGGCAGUAUUGAGUACAUUAUAACUGAUCCCCCAAAGUAUGGGAGAGUGAAGAUGAUGGUUCGAGAACUUACAGAACAAGUCACUAGCUUCACACAGCAUGAUAUCAACACUGGCCAGAUUCUUUAUUUCCAUACCAACCGUGGUCAGUUCAGUGACCAGUUUAAGUUUACUUUGACUAAUGGUGCCCAUGAGUUAAAAAACAUUGACUUUUAUAUUGACAUUGUUCCUACUGUGAUCCCACUGCAAGUAUCAAAUAUCACCACACAGGAAGGUGGAGGGAAAGCACUAACGAGUGACUUUCUCCGCAUCACAAACACUCACCUACAGAAUGACAUCAUUGAUUACAUCAUUGUCAGGCAGCCAAUCAAUGGUUGGAUCGAGGCGACGAGAAUGCCUGGUCACCGCCUCAGACAAUUCUCAUCCACGGAUGUCCGUCAUGAAUUCAUAUAUUACAUACAUAAUGGAAAUGAGACAUUUACUGAUGAGUUCUCCAUCAUGGCUAAAUCGCGUACAUCAGCAAAACAGAGUCUGCCGCAUGCUGUGUAUGUAACAGUGAAUCCUGUGAAUGACCAGCCACCCAGCAUUGUGAAACAUAGCAACAUGAGAGUCUGGGUUGGUUCAGUUACAGUUGUCACAAACAGAUACCUCAGGGCCAAGGAUCCAGAUUCCAGUCCAUCCGAGCUCCUCUUCACAGUGUCAAACCCAAUCAGUGGCCACAUAGCCUUCGCCAACUCUAGUGACACACCAAUCACAUUGUUUUCUCAGGAAGAUAUAGACAAUAGCCAUGUUGUCUUUGUACAUACUGGUGAUUUACAAGGGAGUUUCACAGUACAGGUGUCUGAUGGUCUCCACAGUGCAGUACCAGUAGUGAUCACAGUCAGGGCCCGGGCGUUGGUCCUGAGCCUAGCGAACAACCCUAUGGAGGUAUACCCCCACACCACACAGCCAAUCACAAUGGCACAUCUCACUGCUUCCACUGGCGACUCCGAUCACAUACAUCCCAUAAUUUACACUGUCUUAGCCUCUACAAGGUAUGGCAAGAUCGUUAGGGUAACUGAGAAUGAUGAUACAGAGGUGACCACAUUCACACAAGCAGACGUUAAUCGCAGAGAAAUAGCAUACAAACAUUUAGACUCUAGCGCCACCUGGGUGCAGCGAGAUUCAUUUAUGUUUGAUGUAACUACCAUGUACGCACCAUCUCUCAGACAACAACUUUUCAAUAUCAAAAUAUCCCUGGAUAAUAUCAACAAUGAAAACAUGAGGACCUUAAUCCAUGUUUCCGACUUGAAUGUUAACGAAGGUGGUGAAGUCACUAUGUCUCGUUAUAACCUGGAUAUAUCCCUGCUUGAGGAUAAAUUGACACAAAGUGGUCUUAGUAAUGUUCGUCUAAUGCUGACUAUGUUGCCAUUACACGGUAAUUUGUAUGUGAAUAAUAUUGCGGCCACAACUGGUGUCUCUUUUACACAGCGUGAUAUAAACAAAGGAUAUGUUUCCUAUCGCCAUGACAACUCUGAGACAUUAUGGGAUACAUUUGGAUUUUCUAUACUGUAUGAUCGCCCUGGGAUAACAAGAGAUUUAGAUCCAAGCCCCAGUAGUGGGCAACUGUAUAACACAUAUAAUAUCACUAUCCUCCCAGUUAAUGACAAACCAUUUCAAUUGAUAACCUACGAGCCAACUCUCUACGUCAUCCAAGGAUUAAACGCUACCAUCACAACUGAUAUCCUAGAGACAGUUGACUUAGAUACGCCACCUAUAAGCCUGAUUUAUACAAUCACUAAUGAGCCAAACCAUGGGUAUGUAACAGUACAACCAGCCCCUGCUCCUGUUAAUGCAUUCACCCAGCAUGACAUUGAUGCUAAUUCAGUUAUAUUCAUACAUGAUGGAAGUCAUAAUAAAGAAGAUGAAUUUUCUUUUCGUGUCACGGAUGGCGAGCAUGAGGCCACGUACCAUCAACUGUAUAUUGAGGUUGAAUCUCUGACAUUAGAUUUAUACAAUCAUUCUGAUGUCACAAUACUUCAAGGUCAAUCCUCUAUCUAUAUCAACUACACCCAUCUGGGGGCUAGAUCUAAUGGGGAUUUUGACAGCAUUGUUUAUGAAAUCACAAAGACACCAGAUUACGGCCAACUGUUCGUCGCAGAUCAGACUGUCAAUGAGUUCACCCAGGCAGAUAUCAAUAACAAUGAUGUGUUGUAUAUUCAAACGGACAUGACACGAUCUCUUGACACCAUGAGGUUUAUUGUACAGAAUGGAGGGGUUGAGCUCCCUGAGAAACUGUUGAGGUUUAGGGUCGUGCCCUACACAACUCAGAAACCAUUUGUUGUAUUGGCUGGGAUGACAUUUAGUAUUACAACUGAUGUACUUGACGCAAGUGAGCUUGCUGAUAUAUCCGCCAGUAAUCCGCUUUACCAGAUAUCCACCCCGCCGAAAUAUGGUACACUCUUUAAAACCGUCAGAUAUGGACGUAAAAGUAAGAAAAAGAAGAACCGAUCUAAACGGGAUAGCAUUAGUGAAUUUUCCCAUGAAGAUGUUGUAAAUAGAAACAUACAUUAUGAAACAAGUGACGUUUAUCUAGAUGGCCCUGUUGAGGAAAAUUUUGAUUUUAUCCUUAGUGCCAAAAAUGUUCAACCAGCAGCUGGAAGUGUCAUAUUUACUCUACAGCCAGUACGUGACUUUACCACUGAGGUAAUGAAGAACAUUGCUUUUGAUGUAACAGAUAGCUCCACUACAUCUAGCUCUGUAGUUACGGAGCUGGUCCCUGUCAGCCCACAAAAAACGGAAAACGAAAUAAGUCAAUAUAUUUUACUCAUAGGUAUACUAGCAGCUGGAUUUUUUCUCAUAAUACUUAUCAUUAUUAUACUCAUAUGCUGUAGGCGAAAAAAGAAAAAACGGCAUAUUAAAAAACAGGAACUGGAAUCUCAAGAAAGGGUUACAAAAAUCCCCUUGGGGGCCCCUCCUCCUGUUAUUCCAGUACCCCAUAAACAUAAACAUUCUCGUGGUAAAAAAGGCCACCAUAUAAAGGGGGAUAAAGACAAUGUUAUAGUUGAAGACAAUAAAGGAGUCCCCAUUAUAAGUCUCACAUCAUUUCCAACAGGUGCUGAGGCUAAACCCUCAGGGGCACACUCUCACCCCUCAGGGGGACACUCUCAUCCCCCAGGGGCACACUCCCAUCCCCCUGGGCCACACUCCCACCCCUCAGGGGCAAACUCCCAUCACCCAGGGGCAUACUCCAAACCCCCAGGAGCACACUCCUUCCCACCAGAGCUCCACGAGGAAGGCUCAAGAACACUCCCAAAUAGGACACCACCUAAUAAAGCUCCAGCUACAGUAAAAUCAAUACUCAAAUCAAACAGUGUUUCCCGGAUCUCCAACCCCCAACCUGCCAACUUGCCAGGUACACCACCCACAACACCAAAGACUCCCAGGAGUGCACACUUUGGUAGAAAAGACAUAGUACACGCUAUUCCACCAGAUGAUAUCACUCCCCUCAUGGCUGAAGGUUUACAAGGUGUACCUCCACCUAUAGGCAACAUGGAAAACUAUUCUAAAGAUGAUCAAAGUCUUGAUUGGAUAUCAUUUGAUCCCGAAUUGUUACGUCAUGCACACAAUAAUGCUCCUGGUAGAGGAAACACCCGAUACCUUGAUGUUUGACAUGUGAUAUAAACUAUAUACUUUUGUUUUUUUGCAGAUUUUUAUAAUGUCAACACCAAGAAGUGGCCACAUAUUGUUUGAGCCAUUAUCUUUUAUGACCAGCAUUCAGCGUUUACUUUGUGUUAUAAGAUAUAAAACAUAUACUUUUGUUUUGAGAUUUUCAUAAUGUCAACGCCAAAAGUGUUGACAUUUUUUAUAGCCAUCAUUUUUUGUGACCAACAUUUAG